AUGGUGUCGGAAGGGGUUUAUUCUUUUUGCUCAUCGCUGAUGUCAGAUUCUCUUCUUCCUUCAUCGUGUUCAUCGUUUUCUUGUUCAUAUUUGAGUCUCCAUCGGCGACAGAUAUUCAGAAUCAACAACAUUUGUGCAUCACUUCGAUCAAAUAACAAAAAACCAAGUUUUGAAGCCAUCAACUCCAAAUUGUCCAUGGAACUGGAAAACUUCCAAAUAGAUGGAAGGUUGGAAAGUUAUUCUUGUAAGAUGGCUGGAAGUGAUAAAAGGCUUUAUAAAGCCAUUAGCAGUGAUGGUGGUUUCUCACCGAAUGACCUGCAGGCACUCUCUCCACCCCAGAGUGUUUCUUCACAAAGUCCAAACCAGUUCAAUUCUCACAGUCUCAGUGAUGGAGAAGGCCACUUGUGUGAUACAAUUUCAACUAAAACUUUGUUUUAUCUCAUCUCAACAUUAAAUGCUUCUUUCCAGCCGGACUAUGACUUCAGCAAAGCCAAGAGCGAAGAAUUCAGCAAAGAACUCUCAGUCCAGUGUGUGGUGAAUACUAUAGAUUGUCAGUUGGCAGCCAACAUUGGUGAUUGUUAUACAUUAUUUAAACAACAACUUUGGGCUGCUAUUGAUGAAGAAAUCUGCCUUACAGACUGUGAUGUAUUCAGCUAUAACCCAGAUCUCGCAUCUGACCCUUAUGGAGAAGAGGGAUGCAUUUGGUCUUUCAAUUACUUUUUCUACAACAAGAAGUUGAAAAGAAUUGUCUUUUUCACUUGUAGAGCAACCAGUUGGCCAAUGUCCUGCAGUGAUUCUGAACUUUGUGGUGGUAUUGGAUUUGCAGACGAUUUGACCAUGGCUGAAGAUGGUGAAAUGUACUGA